AUGAGGAACCAGACCAAGGUCAAGGAGUUCUUACUUCUCGGAUUCACUGAGAACCACAACCUAGAGAUCUUUCUCUUUGUGCUUUUCUUAAUCAUGUACCUGAUGACCAUCACAGGAAACCUGCUCAUUAUUAUAAUCACUCUGACGGACGUCCAUCUCCAAACCCCCAUGUACUUCUUCCUCCGAAAUUAUGCCAUCUUGGAAAUCGGAUAUACAACCGCAGUCAUGCCCAAAACCUUAAUCAACUUGGCAUCUGGAAGGAAAACCAUCUCUUACGUUGGUUGUAUAACCCAAUUCUUUCUAUACUUCUUUUUGGGCACCACUGAUUUCUUCCUGCUGACGGUGAUGUCCUUCGAUAGAUAUGUGGCCAUCUGCCACCCUCUGCGGUACACCACCAUCAUGAGUGACCGUUUCUGCACUCUCUUGGUUCUAUUUUCGUGGAUAGGCAGCUUCAUCCUGAUUUUUAGCCAAACCAUGUACUUUACUCACUUCCCCGUUUGUGGCUCAAAUGUUGUUAACCAUUUCUUUUGUGACUUUGCACCAUUACACAUACUUCUGUGUGGGGAUACACGGCUCCUGGAGCUCAUGAGCUUCAUUUCUGCUGUGUUUUCUCUACUGGGAACUUUAGCCAUCACUAUUGUCUCUUACGGGAAGAUUAUCUCCACGGUUCUCCGCAUCCCAACUGCUUCAGGUAGACAGAAAGCCUUUUCCACCUGUGCUGCACACAUUAUUGUGGUCUCCAUCACCUAUGGCAGCUGCAUAUCUAUGUAUGUCAAUCCAGUGCAAGAUAAUAGGCAAAGCUUCAACAAAGUCGUGGCUGUUCUCAACAAUGUUUUGUGUCCUCUUAUGACCCCAUUUGUUUACUGUCUGAGAAAUAAGCAGGUCCAACAGGCUUUUCGAGACAUCACCCGGAAGUUGGCAACUAUAAUCCCAACAUUCCCUAUUCAGGCCCUUGAGAUACAGUGUGAUGUGCUGGCUAGAGUGUCAGGAUAG